AUGCCCGCCGAGGCGCCCGGCAGCGGCGACGGCGCGGAGCCCGGCGCUCCGCGGGAGCGGCGGAGACGGCGCGGCCGUGCGCGGGCGCGGACCGAGGCGCUGCUGCACACGCUGAAGCGCAGCCGGCGGGUCAAGGCCAACGACCGGGAGCGGAACCGCAUGCACCACCUCAACGCCGCCCUGGACGAGCUCCGCAGCGUCCUGCCCACCUUCCCCGACGAUACCAAGCUCACCAAGAUCGAGACCCUGCGCUUCGCCUACAACUACAUCUGGGCCCUAUCCGAGACCCUCCGCCUGGCCGAGCAGUGCCUCCCGCCGCCCCCCGCCUUCCGCGGGGCCGCCGCGCCCCCCAGCCCCGGCAGCGACGCGGGGUCCUGGCUGUCCAGCGCCUCCCCGUCCGCCCCUUCGCUCUGCGCCUCCGCCUCCGGCCCCAGCAGCCCCGCCACCUCCGAGGACUGCGCUUACGCGCCCGCCGACAGCCUAAGGGGCUUCCGCGGGCUGCCCGCCGGCCCGGGCGCGCCCCUCCGCUAG